UUUAGUUUUAUUUACCUUCUAAUCUAAAAAUAAAUUAUCUUUACUACUUAUUUUUAUUCAAAUUAUUGUAAACUUAAUUUUGUUAUUUGUUUUCAAUCUUUAUGUACACGUGGCAUUAUCCUGUGCCUUUUACCAAUGGAUCCGGACGGAGGGACACGCGUGAUAUUGAAAGUAUAAAGUUUCGGUUUCCCAAUUGUGUUUUUAGUAUAGGUGCUUGUGUGACCAAACAAUGAAACUUGAGGGACUACAUGUUUAAUUUAUCCUUGAAACAAUCACUCAUCAAACUCCACUUCCAGAAGCCCUACACGUGUCGCCACGUGUAGCUCGUCAUGGUGAGGCCAAUGAACCUGGGUUACAUACUGGUGGUUUCGGGGCCUCUGCAUUUAUAUCGGGGAUCAACCUAAUUCAAGGACGACUGAGUUUAUAAUUCGAGCUCGGAAUGUGUAGGUGACUAAUUUGCUUGCGCAGAUAUUCCUUGCUCCGUCCUCCUGCCAGAAUUUACAAGACGCGUGCUUUUCUUCUGCCUUGGUGGGCUAUUGAAACAUUAGGAGAGAGCUGCAUAUAUAUAUAUAUAUAUAUAUAUAUAUGGGGCUCUCAAGUUUCCCUGGUGCAGCUGAAGGAGUGCUGCCUGUGCUGGUAAUGAACACAGUCUUAUCAGUUGCUCUGCUUAAGAGCAUGGUGAGGUCAGUGCUGCAAUUAGUGGUGGGUGCAAAUUGGACUCCGCCAGAUUAUGAGGAAGAACCAGACGAGUAUCGUCGAGAAAAUGCGAGAGAGAGAAGAAUAUCAAUAACCCAGUUCAAGUCUUUGAACCAGAAUGAUGGCGGUGCUAGGAAUAGUGCCAUGGAAUGUUGUGUGUGCCUUUGUGGGUUUGAAGCUGAAGAGGAGGUGAGUGAGCUUUCUUGCAAGCAUUUCUUCCACAGAGGUUGUUUAGACAAGUGGUUUGAUAACAUCCAUGCUACCUGCCCUCUUUGUCGAUCUAACCUUUAAUUAGAUUCAUAAAUUUUGUCUUGGGUCAUGAGUGUUGAGGAUUUUUGAGGAAUAUUAAUGGUACUGUUCACUUUUAUGUCUUUUUUUUUUU